ACAUGAUUUCAAAAAGGAUUCAUUUAAAAUGAUAGAGCUUGCUACUCCUGAACUUGUGGAAGUGUUUGAAUCAGGAAACAGCGUGGUCAUAAAAGGACUGGAAGAAGACGAUGCUGUUUUGUGUACAGAAUCAAAGACAUUUGCAGUUCGACAGAUAAAUACUUCCAAUUCACUUCUUCUCGUCAAUCAAGCAAAUGACGAACUGUUUGUAAAAGACAACCUCUCCAAUACAAUAGAACUACAACCUUGUCUUGCCAAAUUAGGCAGAAUUGACGAGUUGCUAAGCAAGAUCUGUUAUGAAGGAGAAACUAAAGAAGCAGAAAUUGUGAGAUCAGGGCCACUGUAUACCCUGGAAGAUCUAGCAUCCAUUGUUCAAGCCAGCCCUGUGGAACUAAGGCGAGGAUUAGAGGAAAGAGGGGUCUUUGAGUAUAAUGGCUACUGUCGAAUAUUUGAAAAGACAUGGUUAUCUCAUUUGUUUGAUGCACUUUUAACUAAUGCGAUAUUUCACGGCCUGGAUUUAAAUCAGAUGACAAUGGAACAAGCCAAACAAUGUAUUUUGGAAGAAAAAGAGGCAAUUGAUGAAGACGUGAAUAUCCCUGAUGAAAUUAUAAAGGCUGCAUUGAAUCUAUUUGCCAACGAGAUUGAUGGUAGAUUAAAGUUUGAUGAUGCCAAAGUGUGUCGUUUCCUGGGAGAAUGGUUGCUAUGUAACCCAAGAGAUAAAAGAUGGCUAUUAGAUGAGUUUUUACUAAUGUGGAAAACAUUGGGUCAUAACCUCUUUGAACCAAAACUGGAGUACCUUUAUGGAUUGUUCAUCAUGUAUGAAAAUGUAAAGAUGCAGCAAAUAGAACGAUAUAUUCAAUACUUUCCAAUUUCAGAAUUGUCAACUGACCCAGCUAAAAGAUUCUCUGCAUUAUUUGCAGCUAAGCCGCUAUGGACCACAGAAGAUAUUGAACCAUUCUUAAAUGAUUUGGCUCCAACUAAAAAGGAAAGGGAAGCUUUAUUACUUAAAUAUACUAGAACACAUCGUACAAAAGACACUGUGUUAUAUGCGAGUAGAAUAAAAUAAAUAAAACGAAUGGGGGAG